AUGCCUCGCGCGCUGCCCAUUUACUCCGACUUCUUCUUCGGUCCCCUGACGGAAGACGUGGAGGAACUCCUGGCCCGCUUCCAGCAGACCGAAUCCGUCCGGUUCGAGGACUUCUCCGCCAUCUGGCGCGAGAUGGCCUUCUCGGACGUGUUCAGGGGCAUGCCGAGCGUGUCGGAAAUGAAGCGAUUCUGCAGGGUGGCGCUCGCCACCGCCGCGCAGUUCAUUCUGCCGCCGUACAGCUACCAGAUUCGGGUGGGCGGCUUGUAUCUGUUGUUCGCCUUGUACCACGCGCAGCUCGCCAGUCCGCGCGUGAAGAUCAGGCUCGCGCUGAGGGACUGGGCCGUGGUCCAGAAGUUCCUCCGGGACUCCGCGGACUCUGGCCACCAAGACGUCGUUUACGUUUUCCACAAACUCGUCGCGGCCAAAGCCAUCCACUACGCCGCCAUGCCCCACUUCCUGUCCUUCAACAAGCAGAAGAAGAAGAAAGAAACGCAGCCCGUGUGCGCCGGGUUCCUCGGGAGGACCACCGCCGUCCUGGAGUUCUCCUCCGCGGACGUCCUGGAUGAGGCCGCCAACAUCCAGAGCCAGUACGAGAAGCUGAAGGAGGCCACGCCGGAGGUCAGCCGCGAGGUCACCGUCACCAACCGGGACUUCUCCGCCCGCCUGCGUGACGUCAUGUCGGAGUUCCUCGCGUGGCAGCAGAGGACCUUCUCGCAGCAGGACGAGGCCGCGGAGGAGAAGCCGAGCGAGGCGGAAUACUGCAGCGGGAGGGCCCAGCUGCUGUCCUCCAUCAAGCAGAAGAGCUACGGCAACCUCCGGGAGGAGUCCAAGUCCGGUAGGCGACGGCAGGCCGACGCGGCGGUGGAGUCCUCCAGCUCGGGGGCCGAGCAGGUGCCGGAGGCCUCGGCGACCCCGCAGCGGCGGAGGCCCCCGUCGCUGAGGGCGCGGACCUGGAAGAGUCUCGGGGUGACGCCGGCGGAGCGCAAGCUCAAGAAUUGGCUCCUGAGUGUCCCCGAGAAGCAAGACGGGUCGCCGGGGAGGAAGUACAAACGGACGACAGCAUCCGAGUGGAGUGGAGGACUUUAG